AUGAACACCGAGAACAGUGCUGCUAGAUCGAUCGACCGCGUUUCGGUAAAAGUGCCAGUCUUCAUCCCGUCGGAUCCAGAACUAUGGUUUUCCAUAUUGGAAGGCAGUUUUGACGCUGCGGGAAUUGUGCAGGACAACACCAAGUUCGGGUACGCGUUAAGUGGUUUAGAUCAAAAAUACGCCCUCGAAGUUCGCGACAUUAUUGUGAAACCGCGCAGCGAACGGUCCUACGAACUACUAAAAAGCGAACUUAUUAAACGUAUGGGUGCAUCACAGGAGCAAAAUACAAGACGGCUACUGGAAAAUGAACCACUUGGCGAUCGCAAACCGACGCAGUUCCUACGUCAUUUGCGUAACCUUGCAGGAGGUGACUUCCCCGAAGAAGUUCUACAGACCCUCUGGUUAACACGCCUUCCCAAACAUAUCCAGGCCUUAUUGGCUGCACAUAAAGACCUACCACUGGAAAAGAGAGCAGAGAUCGCUGACACCAUAAUAGAAACUUAUGGACAAUUCAACAACGUGGCUGAGAAUUCCACUACAAAUACAGCAGUAAACAGCAGGUUAGAUUUUUUAGAAAAUGCUCUAACCACAGCGCUACAAGAAUUGGCUUCCCUGAAAAUCAACCGUGAACCGCCACACCAGCCUCGGCGUUUCCGGCCGAGAGCACGCUCGCGUUCGCAUUCACGACCCAGGGAAAAUAGGGACAUUUGCUGGUACCAUCUUCGCUUCAGCACUAAUGCAAGGAAAUGUACCAAACCAUGCAGAUUCGAAGCCAACACUCCGGGAAACGACGUGGGCAGUCGUUGA